ACGCCCCUUAAAGGCGCCGCCGACGCCGCGCGAGCCGGGGCGAAUCAGUUCCUAGGUGCCUGCCCCCAGCUGCGGCAUGGAGUCGUCCCGGGGGCGGCCUGGGCCCGAGGCGGACCUUCCGGCUCCCGGGGAACAGCAAGCCGCGCUAUGGGGCGGCGGCCCGGGCCGAGCGCCCUCGGAGCCGCCCUCAGGCCUCCCGCCGUCCGCGCAGGGAGAGGCCGAGAACGUUGGGGGCGCGCGCCGCCACCCCGCGGCGUCCCCGAAGACGCCGAGUCGCGGCGCCGUCCACCGGGCGGAGCGGGAGGCUCGGGACGACGACGAGUCCGGCCGCAGAGGGACGCCGUCCGCGCCAGGGAGCCGCGCGGGGGAGGCUUGCGAGGACCCCGAGCCGCCGGAGGCCGAGCCUGCGUCCGAGAGGGGCUGCCGUCGAGGGAGCGCGGGAGGCGGCGGGAUGGAGGCUGAGCCGCGGGAGGGAGACGAGGAGGAGGAGGAGGCGGCGGCGGCCGGCAGGGCUGGUCGCUCGUUCUCCAGCCGCCUUCAGGACAGCCGCAGCCUGGACGGGCUGAGCGGGGCGUGCGGCGGUGGCGGCGGCGGAGGCGCGGGGUCCGCGGGGGGUGCGGAGCCUGGCGCGGGCAGCGGCCGCCGCGCCACUAUCUCCAGCCCCCUGGAGCUCGAGGGCACCGUGAGCCGCCAUGGCGACCUCACCCACUUCGUGGCCAACAACCUGCAACUCAAGAUUCGUCUGAGCGGCACCCCGCAACCGCCGCCCCCCGCCCCAGCGCGGCCCUGUGCGGCGCCCGCGCCCGCCCCGGCCAUCCCCCCCAUCGACCCCGACGUGCUGCGGGACCUGGAGCGGCUGAGUCGGGAGCUGGGCGGCAGGGUGGACCGUCUGCUGCGCGGGCUGGGCGGCGCGGUGCAGGAGCUGACGGCGCUGAGCGUGGGCUGCAUCCAGACCUACCGCGAUGCCGUGGACUCCCUCGGCGAAGCGGUGGACAUGAGCAUCAAGGGCAUGUACACCCUGCUGGCGCGCUGCGAAGAGCUGGAGCGGGCUUUGCAGCCCGUGCAGGGGCUGGCGCGCCAAGUCCGGGAUAUCCGACGCACCCUGGAGGUGUUGGAGGCCCUGUGCAAGUGACCUGGAGGGCAGGAGAGGCUGGCCGAGCCGGGCCGGCAGAAUCUUGAGGCCUCUUCAAGGAGCCCUGGUGGGAACCGCCCGCAGAGGGGAGGCCUGUGUUUUGGAGGCUCUUGCGGAUGCAUUUAGCAGGCCUGCCACCACUCGCUGGGCCUUAUUCAGGUGUAUAUGGGGAAGCCUCUCUGGGUAGGAGGGAAUGAUGCUCUGCUUCUAUUAAGUUGGCCAUUUGUAGCAACCCUGUUCUCUUCUCCAGCUAGAGCGCCGUCCCUGGAACCCAGGGCUUUAGGUCUCGGCUUGGGGACAUGCCUGCCAUGUGUGGUCAAGAAAGGAGAAGAGGCCCUAGCCCCCACUGUGGCCACCCUGACUCCAGUGGCCAUAUCUCAGGUGUCAGGGGCUGUGGGAGCUUGAGUGCCCCUUGGCCACACACCAUGCGGAGAAAGAUGCACACCUUCAGGUGGAUAACCCCCUGCUUCUGCCCUCUGGCCCUGGACGAUCCCCCUUCCCCAGGCGGAGCCGGGUUGAGCUGGAAGGAGUGUGCAUCGAUGGCACAGGGGGUGAGGUGGGAAGGGUCUCACUGCUCUCAGGGUUCAGGCAGACUUGUUGCUGGUUUUGAAGCCCACCUGUUGUGGAGUGUUCUAAUCAGUUUUGGCUUUCUGAGUUUUUGUGGAAUUAAAGUGCUGCUGCUAAGGCUGAA